AUGAUGGGCAAAUGUCGGAUAUGUUUAAAGUCGAAUAGAAGAUUACGAUCGGUAUACGAUGCUGAAAACGGAAUCACGUUCAUUGAUAUGAUAUCUUCACUUACCACUAUGAAGAUUCUCAGAGAAGAAAAUUUCCCUAAUCAAAUAUGUACAUCUUGUCGCAAAAAACUUAAAGAAGCUUAUGAUUUUAAAUUAGAAAUUGAAAGGUCUGAAAUAGUUUUAAAAGAAAUUAGAAACUCAAAAAUAAUCAGUUUUAACAAUAUUAAUGAUAUCAAAAUUCAAAUAAAUAUUGAUUACAAACCUUCUGUCCCAGCUUUUUAUAGAUUUGUUGAGCAUCUUUUUGAAAAUCAAAUUAAUAAUAUAAAUUACAAGGAAACCACCAUAAAGAAAGUAGGAGAUAUUAACAAUGAUCAGAAAACUCUGAUAACUGUAAAAGAGUUUUUAGAUUCUGUCAACAUAAAAUCUAAUGAUGACUAUAAUGAUCAGGACUAUGAAAUACAUGCAGAUUACGAUCCGGUUUAUGAUAGUGAUUACAUAUAUGGCAAACCAUUUAAUAUUAGAAAGAAAAAGAAAGAAAAGACAAAAAAACACAACAGCAAUGAUCACAGACUAGUUAAAAACAUGAUAAAAAAGCCUUUAAAACCUAUCUAUUUAAAGGAUGUAAAGAUAACACAUUCUGAUGUUAAAACUAUUAAUGUACCUAAAACAAAAUACAAGCGUAAAGAGAAAAAAAGUGUAUGUCCUUACUGUGGGAAAUUAUUGAGGGAAAAGUAUGUCAACAUUCAUAUGUUAAGCCAUAGUGGUGAACGACCAUUUAAAUGUGACCAGUGUUCUAAAGCAUUUGUAACAGAGAGUUUCCUAAAAUAUCAUAAAAGGAAGCAUGUAUCGACUGCUGAAUUUAAAUGUAAUGAAUGCAUUGCAUCUUUUACUACCAAAACAUCAUUACAAUCACAUUUGGCAGUGCAUAAUGAGACAAAAAAUCAUAUUUGUGACAUUUGCAACAAAGGCUUUAAAAGAAAAUAUACAUUGAGUCGCCAUAUGCUGAUUCACAAUUUUGGAAAAAAGUCGAUACAGUGUGAAUUAUGCCCUAUGACCUUUCACACUAAAUAUUUUCUUAAUCAUCACAUGCGAGUCCAUACUGGAGAACGCCCUUAUAAGUGUGAAAUAUGUUCCCAGCCAUACAGCUAUAAACAUGAUUUUAAUCGACACUGUUUAAAAAAGCAUGGUGUAUUUCUAAAAAGAAGAUCUGUUAAUGUUAUGAAUGAGGAAGUGCUGCAGCAGGAGAGAGCUCUUAUGAGAGAUUUAACACUGAGAGCACAUGGUGUUAUAAAUAGCAAUAACUUACCUAGUGUAUUUGAAGGUCCACUAGGUGCACUGGCAUUUCAGCAAGCUAUGAAAGCAGUAGAAGCAAGACAGAUACCUGUAACCUGUGUGGAUACAACUUACAGAAUAUAA